AUGAGUGAGAUAAUAGAUCAAAAUAUUCAGACUCAAGACAUACUAAUUGCGAACUUCAGAGGUUUACAAAAGGAUUUUGAUAUAAAUGAUGUUGCUAGAUGCGUUGGUGAUACACAUCCUGUCGUUGUGAUAGAUCGAAUGGUGAAGAUGACAUCAAAAACUUUAAGGAAGGCUGCAUUCACGAUUUUACAGCUUAAUAAAAUUGAUGUGAAGUCAAUAGCAAAGUUGAUUCAAAACCAACGACAUUCCUCAGUUUGGCAUCACAUGUCGAGAAUUAUUUGUAUUGUCCCAACUGGAUUAUCCUUAAAUGAGCGUUUAAUUAUUCUUCAAAAUUUCUUUGCAAAUGGAUUUUGGAAUUUUGUAGUCGUGUACGAGACAGUUAAAGGAAUCGAGUAUGAAAGUCUUAAAUCUUCUGGAAGUCGUUAUAAAAGAUUAACGAUUGUAAAUCCAAAGUAUGGUCAUCUGAUAUUUCCGGAUAAGCUUAAAAAUUUAGAAAGAUUCGAAUAUCAAGUAGCUUCUGUUAAGAAUAGCAAUAAUAGUUAUAUUAGUUCACUGAUGAUAAAUUUCUUACAUACCGUUACGCAUCAACAAAAUUCAACUUUCAAAAUGUUAAACUUACAAAAUUUAACAAUAUUGGAAGAUUAUUGGAGGACACGCAAACUGCAUUUGCUGAUAAAUUUAGUAACAGUGAAAUAUUCCCCAGAACCAACGCUAAUGAUAUACGAGGAAAAAAGCUAUUGUGCGUUAGUUCCGAUUUCAGAAAUAACUUCAUUCUUCCUCGUCAUAAUCACCAAACCAUUUGAUCGAUUCAUGUGGGUAUUGAUAGGACUUUCUAUGGUUUGCUCUGUUACUGUUUGGCGAUUGUUUCUAGGUCGUGGUGCUAUUGAUUCUCACUGGAAAGUUGCUGCUUUGUGGUUCAUGAUAUUUAUCGGUCAAGGUCUUGAUUUUUCAAGCAAAAAUCGAACUGUCCUAUUGCUUUUAAUUCAUUUAAUAUCUAUAUCAAUUUUCAUACUUAGCAAUGCCUAUGAAAGUAUUGUUACAUCAUUUAUGAUUGAUCCAAGUCAAAAGCAUCUAAAAUCUAUUAAAGAUCUGUUGGAAUCAAACUUUGAGAUUGCUGUUGGACAAGCAUUUAAAUACAAUUUUAGAAAUUCUAGUGAGUUUUCUUCGAUUACAAAAAGCUUUUUACUUCAGCGUCAAAUCAGUGAUAAUAAAAUGGUUAAAAGCAUUUGUAAAAUUGUAAAAUAUGCAUUACAUCAAAAUAUACAGACUCAGGACAUUCUCAUUGGUAACUUUGGAGGUUUAUUCAAGAAUUUAGACUUGAAUGAUGUUUCUAGAUGCAUUAGUGAUAGACAUCCUGUCGUUGUGACUGAUUUGACAAUGAAAAUGACAACAAAGAGUUUAAGGAAAGCUUCACUUAUGAUUGUAACGAUUAAUAAAAUUGAUACGAACUCAAUAGUAAGUUUAAUUAGAAAUCAACGAGGUUCGACGAUUUGGCAUCAUAUGGCAAAGAUUAUUUGUGUCAUACCGAAUGAACUAUCAUUAAAACAACGCCAAAUCAUACUUCAAAACUUCUUUGUAAGUGGAUUUUUGAAUCUCAUAAUUGUUCACGAGACAAGCAAAGGAAUCGAAACUGAGAGUUUAAAACAUUUUCAAGAUCGAUAUAAGAGAUUAAUAACAUCAAGUUCAAAGAGUUUUUCUCUGGUGUUUCCAGAUAAGCUAAAGAAUUUAGAAGGAUUUGAGUAUCAAGUAGCUACUGUAAAGAAUAUUAAUGAUAGCUAUAUAAGUCCGCUUAUGUUACAUUUCUUACGGAUUAUUAAGGAUCAUCAAAAUUCCAAUUACAAGAUUUUAAACCUGAAGAAUCUCACAGAGUUAGAGAAUUAUUGGAGAUCACGUAAAAUGCAUUUGCUGAUUAAUGUCGUAGUAAUUAAGCCUUCUACAGAGCCAACCAAUGCUUACGAAAGUUUCAUUACAUCAUUCAUGAUUGAUCCUGGUGAAAGCCUUUUAAAGUCUUUUAAAGAUCUAUUGGAAUCGAAAAUAGAGAUUGUUAGUGGUCCAGCAUUUAAAUACUUUUUCAGGGAUUCUAGUGAGUUUUCUGCCUUGGUAAACUCACCUGAUACACCAAAAGGAAUCAACUUUGAAUCGAACUUGAUUGAACAGCGUUACGCUUUUACUAAACUUUGUGACUUAGCUGAGCAUGUCCUUAAUUCGAAACGAUCCAACAAUAGAUACUUUUCAGAAUAUUAUUACAUUCUACAAGAAAGAAUUCCAAAUCAGUUUUUAAGAUUGGAAGCGAGCUUUUAUAAUCCAUUUCUUGAACGAUUUCAACACUACAUGGACUUGUCAUUUGAAGCUGGCUUGCCAAAAAUGUGGAAAGUAUUUGAUUCGUAUGACGUUUCAAAGCUAAAGAACUUUCAUGAAUCUAAAGACUAUUUAGAAUUAAAAGAUCUUGGACCUGUGUUUUUAAUUCUAUUUAUUGGAUGCAUAUUGUCGGCUUUUGUGAUGAUUAUUGAAAUUUUGUACCAAAGAUUCUGGAAUUGGACUAGUAAUUGCUAUAAAAGUGUCAUCACAUCAUUCAUGAUUGAUCCAGAUAAAAAUUAUUUAAAAUCACUUGAUGAUCUUAUAGCAUCAAAUUUAACAAUUUUUGCUGAUCCAAUAUUACGAUUCUAUUUCAAUGACUCAAGUAAAUUUGUUGCUAGAAUAAAAUUGUCAAAAAGAUUGAAAAAUGAAAAAAGUGAUGCUCUAAUUAGACAAUGUUAUGUCGUUGAGAAGUACUUAAGUGCAAAAAAUGCAGCUGGAACUUAUUACAUCUUACCAGAAAAAGUUCCAACUUAUUUUUUUAAAUUGGAUGCGAGCGCUUAUAUGGAUUAG